AUGGCCGUGGACAUCUUUGGAUACGGCUUUUCAACUAGGGAGGCUGUUUAUUUCGCGUUAGGCUUGCUUCUUUUGGCCUUUGUCGUCCACAGGGUCCAGCGAUGGUUGCCCCUCCGUCAUGUUCCUGUUCAAGACAUUCAUCAACUCUCUGAAAAGUAUGGCCCCGUCAUCAGGGUUGCCCCGACGCAGGUUGUAGUCAUGGACUCGGAUGCUCUCUACCGGAUCUCAGGAGCCCGCACUGAGUAUCGCAAAUCAGAGUGGUACAAGAUCCAUAGGAUUUUGCGCGAGGAUGAUCACGUGUCAAAUAUUCGAGAUCCCGAGCUCCGUAAGGACAGGCUAAAGCGUGUCAUGCCUGCGUACACCGGCCGUGAUACGGAAGAUCUCGAGAAGGGCUUCGACCGGGCUAUCUCAUCUUUUAUUAGAUUGAUUGACCGUAAGUAUGCCUGCAAUCCAGGCGACUGUGUGCCAAUGGAUUUUGGCGAGAAAGCGCACUUCUAUACGCUCGAUGCGAUCGGAGAGAUCGCGUACAGUGAGCCAUUUGGUAUUCUUGAAAAGGACUCGGACAUCGACAACAUUAUUGUUACGCUGAAGUCUGGACUCCCAGUGAUUGUGGCUCUGGGAUACAACAUGAACAUCUGGGGCUUGCUCCAGAAGUGGCCGAUCUACCUGCUUCAGCCUCAUGAAGGACAGGAGGUUGGGCUGGGUGCUAUGAUUAAGAGUGUUGACAAAGUGAUCACCAAACGUUUGAGCCUGGACGACAAGUCCAAAAGGGACAUACUUCAGUCUUUCAUCGACCACGGUCUCCCACUGUCAGCCCUCCGCCAAGAAGUUGGUCUUCAGUUCCUGGCCGGCUCCGAUACCGUCGCGUCCUUCUUACGUACUACCUUCUUGCAACUGCUCACCAACCCGACGGCUUACCACGCCCUCCAGGUCGAGUUGGACGCCUUCUACUCCUCUUCCCCCUCGGAGAGUGACAUCAGCUCCGAAAACAUUAUCUCCGACGCGCAAGCGCGUACACUGCCCUAUCUCCAGGCUGUGGUCCGUGAAGGCUUGCGUCUUUUCCCUCCAGCCACGUCCUGCCCGUUCCCCAAGGUUGUCCCCCACUCAACCAUAUCUGCGACCUUCUCGUUGUCUUCGCCUACCAUCACCAAACAAGGUGAUGUGAUCCAGGGCGUUUAUCUCCCUCCCGGCACAGAGAUCGACACGGCACUUGGUGUUUACGGCAUCUGCAGAGACAAGCAGUUCUGGGGCGCAGAUGCAGACUGCUUCCGGCCGGAGAGAUGGCUGCAGGCAGAGAAGGAGGUAAAGGUAGUAGCAGGAGAUGCAGCAGAAGAUACACGGUUCGCGCAGAUGCUUCGUAAGGUGGAGCUCGUGUUCGGCAGUGUACAGUACGUGUGUGCCGGACGGUCGUUGGCAUACGUGGAGAUGCGCAAAGUUAUUGCUGAGCUUAUGAGACGAUACAACUGGUCGCUUGUGGACCCGCUCAAACCGCCGAUCAUUGUUAACAAUGGUGUGUGGGAGACACGAGACUUCUGGGUCCGCGCUGAAAAGAGGUAG